UUUUUCAGUAUUCAUCUUCUUUUCUAAUACAGCGGCGAUGAGAGGUUUUUCACAAUUUGGCUAAUCAUUCUCAGAUUAGUUAUAAAUAAUUGCUGUAUAAGAAGAAGUGCAUUUGGAUUAAGUUGGAUUAAUUGACUACGACGAGAGAAGAGUUGUGCAGGUUUUGAGAUAAAGCCACCUUUGCUGUGAGCGAAUUUCACGACAUUAUGAGCCUGGAUGAUAUCGGGAAAGACCCUCAUCUUCAAAAUUUUAUUGAAGUUGAAACACAAAAGCAACGAUUCCAGCAUUUGGUUCAUGGCCUGACGGAACAGUGCUGGGAAAUUUGUGUGGAUAAACCAUCUACGCGAUUAGACGGAAAGACGGAAUCGUGUUUGGUAAAUUGUGUUGAAAGAUUCAUUGACACUACUAAUUACGUCAUCAAUCGACUGGAGAAACAACCGGGACUCAAAGUGGAUUCUGGAGACUCGGAAUUCCUAGCCUCAUAGAAUAUUCCUCAAGAUCAGUCACGAACCUACUUUCAAUUAUAGAAAACCUAGUCCACUCAAGGCUAACCCAAUAACUUUUUAUAAAAAAUUGAUAAUUAAUAGCACCUUCAACUUUCGUAGUCUGCUAGAAAUAGAA